CUGGUCUAUAUUUUCACUUGCUGGCACGUGAUUUGGCAACAGAAAUAGAUGAUUGUUGAAUUGCAGUAUAAAUAAUACUGACAAACAAAUUGCAAUUCAACCCUAAGUACUAAUCAAAUCGUAUUUCGUGUGUUAUUAAGCAUAAAAGUAUUCCGUGAUUGUGAAAACAUGAUUCUCGAGGAUCAGCUUCGGCUCAAGCUAAUAGAGGUUACAAAUGCAGAGGAUUAUAGGCUAAUGUUACGAAACGAAGAAGAUGCUUUGUAUCCACCUUGGUUCUUUACAUGGGUCGACAAGAAACUAACUGCCUUUGCGUGGCCUCAAACGAGGGGAAAUUUGGAGUAUCUUUGGCAAAUAGGAAUGCGACAUAUUAUUACAUUGUGUCCUGAAAAAAUUCCAAACAUAAAUGAAUCCAAAUUUAGUUGGACUUAUAUACCAAUCGAAGAAUGUACAGCACCUAGUAUUGAUCAAAUUUUUAAGUUUAUCAGAACCGUCCAGAUGUGUAGAAAACACGAACUGCCGGUUGGAAUUCACGAUAGAAUGGGUUUAGGCCGUACCGGUGUGAUGGUGUCUAUAUACCUAAUGUAUUUCCACAGAAUGACUGCAGAUCAAGCUAUAAAGAAUCUCAGGUAUCAUCGACCAGGAUCUCUUGAUAGUGUGGUUCAAGAAGAAUGUGUCCUUAAUUACCAACCAAAUGCAAAAGAAGCGAACGAUAAUAGAAUAAAAAGAAUGAUGAAAAAUAGUAACCAUUUCUUAAGUCUUUUACAAGGAGAAGAUAGGCAAGGUAUAUGGGGACUACCAAAAGCCGAAUAUGCAAUAACUAAGUAAAGCUAUAAUAUAUUUAAAAUAAGUAAUGAAAAUAAAAAAACAUAAUGUAAAUUAUAAACGUCCUACAUGUUAUAAUUUAGUUAUUUAUUAUGUAAUCUAGUAAUAAUGCUAUCCAACGUAAAAAAGCAAGAAAUGUGAAAAAAUAUAAAUUUAAGUAAUA